AAAAGUUGCUAGUAAAAAUACAAGCAAGGGUUCUCAAAUGCCACGGAAAGGCUACGAAGAGGCAAAAUACUCUCAAAAUGAGAGAAAUAGGAAAAAAUAUGGUCUUAUGCUAUACGAAUUUUUAAAAUGCUAUUUUAACAAAAUACAAAAUGAAUUAUCCUACAUUGACGAUUGCAAGUUGGAAGAAUUUAUGGGAGAUUUAAAGACUUAUGCACAUGAAUUACUUUUAAAUAGUAAAAAUAAAGAAAAUGAGAGAGAUAAAAAUGAAGAGCAAGGAAACGACCAAGUUUUCUCCAAUAUCCUAGAGAGUGGCUCGGAAAAUAUAUUCCUAGAUGAACAAUUCGAAAUUCCGCGUCAAAGAAUGGUGGAGGAAUUAGAAAAUCAAGAUGUAGUAUCAUUUGAAGUAGAAAACAAAAAAUCUGAACAAACCAAAAAAUCAUUCUUUUCAACAAAAGAAAAGAAUUUAGAAGGAAACUCUGAAAUUUCGCGGGAAAAUAUAUGUGAAUAUUUUCCUAUUGAAAUAAGAAAAAAGAAAACGAAAUGGAGAAACUCCUUACCGCAAUUUCAAUUAGAGCAUUCAACAAUUAAAAAAGAAGAAAACCCAAAUUAUGAUGAACUCUAUUUUCGAAGUGCACCGAAAUUAAGAUCGCCUGAACUUGAAAGAAUUUGUAACGUAUUAAAAAAUGUAUCUAUCUCUUUUGAAUUAGAUGAACAGUUACGUACAUUUAGCGGCAGUCAGAAAAUAAGAAGAGAUGAAUUUGAAAGACGUAAUGUGGAUUUGCUUAAUUUUCCUAACUCUAUUUCCAGUAAGGGAAUUUUACCAAACACAAUUUCCCUUGAUCCUUCGAAUCUCAUCCCACAACCAACAUCAUAUAACUAUCAAGAUGAUUUAUUAAUGGACUUUCCAAAAGAAAUUGUUAAUAAUCCUCUUCCGCAUUCAAGAAUCAAGCCAAAUGAAUUAGUUGAAAGAAUUAAUGCAAAUAUAGAAGAAGUUCGCGGACAAGAACGUGGUAACAAAAGUCUUCAACUAGAAUUAUAUAAACCUCAAACGGAUAUUUCACUUAGUGAAUGGCGCGUUCAGAAUUUACUUUCUAUUCAAGAAAAAGAAAUAACAUUCCAGCAGCAAUCUGUUUUGAGUAAUGAAUUAUUAAUAGAACAAGCAAACAUUGAACCUCUUCAAUCUAUAGCUGUUAAGAACUUUUAUAAUAUUCGAUCGCGAAAAAUAAAGCCACCAGACCCCUAUCGAAAUUGGCUACAUUUUAUUGACGAUAAUAGUAGGCCCUUUUAUUAUGAAACUCCGGAAAAAAGAAAAAGUAGAAAAAAACGUAAACGAAAACAAAGCCUGAAUGAAAUUGAUAAAAAUUUGAACGAUUUCAUUGCUAAUAAGAUUCCAUCAUUGCAUUCACAAGAAAUUGGAACGUCAGAAUUAUUAAAUCAACGGCCAAGUGUAAUAAAAAUGAAAACUAUAUGUGGUCCAUCUUUUAAUACAGGCAGAUUUUCAAAAAAAUUAUUUAAUUCAGAAGGUAGGACAAAUUCAAAUAUAGAAAUAAGUACAAAUAGGUCUGAAAUACAGGAAAAUUGGUUUAAAGAUAAAUUUAAAAUUUAUCGAGAAGUUUUUUUAGGGUCAAAGCCACAAAAUUAUGCUAAUUCGACUAAGUUUGAUAAAAAAAUAUUUUGCUCGGAUAAAUUAACCAAUUUCUCCGAAAUUUUUAAAACUUGCAAUGAAUUAGCAAAAAAAGUACUUGUAAACCAGAAUCAAAUAAUUGAAUUAUCAAAUACAAAAAAUUUGUCAAAUAACGUUAUUGAGCAGUUUUUAAAUUUUCCUGAUUCUAAAAAUUCAUCUGAUUUUUGUUUGAAUACGAGUAAAUAUUUUCAUAAAUUAAAUGAGAAUGAUCAACUUUCGCAUUUAAAUCCUGUAUCUAAUAUUUCUACUGGGAAACAAGCAGGAUCGAAAUUUCAUGAAAUUGAACCAAUGCCUAAUUUGGUAGCAGACGAGUAUUCAAGAGAAAGGACUUAUGAUUUUAAUUUAAGCAUAAGAAAUAUUGUAAGAAAUACGAAAAAUCUUUCCUUGUCCCCUUUGAGUGUAGAAAAAUUUUACUCAAAAUAA